AAAUUCACCAAAAAAAACCAUCAAAAAUCAAGCAAAAAAACGUCAAAAAAAAGUCCCAAAAAAUGGCGAAAAAAUCUGCAAAAGAACAAGCUUUUAACGGUCUAGGAAGCCUAAUAAAGCUUUUACCAACAGGAACAGUUUUCAUGUUCCAAUUCUUAAGCCCAAUUUUAAGCAACAAUGGACAAUGUCACACUAUUAACAAGUACUUAAUGGGUGCAUUCCUUGUUAUAUGUGGUUUAAACUGCGGUUUAGCGACGUUUACCGAUAGUUACGUCGACAAUGAGGGUAAUACUCACUAUGGUAUUGCUACAACAAAAGGGCUUUGGCCUAGUAAUAAUAAUAGUAAAGGUGAUAAUAGUAAUAUGUCCAAGUAUAAGUUGAGAACAGGGGAUUUUGUGCAUGCUUUUAUGUCGGUUUUGGUGUUCGUCGUGGUGGCGGUUUUGGACAAGAAUACGGUGGAUUGUUACGUUCCGGCAUUGGAGACGACGAGGAAGACUAUGCUUAUGGUGUUGCCGCCGAUUGUUGGUGGUCUUUGUAGUGGUGUUUUUGCUAUGUUUCCUAGUACAAGACACGGUAUUGGGUACCCUUCUGAGAGGAGGGAAUCUGAUUUUGAGGCACCACUUAAUUAAUUUCAACAUAUAAGACAUGAAACAUGUGCUCUUACUGUAAGUGGUGGCGUGUGCUAAAAUCAUUUUAUGUCUGACGGAGCUAUCUUUUAAAAUCUUGUGGUUAUUAAUUUGUAUUUGUUUUCUCUCUAAUAUUCGGUCUAUUUUUAUUUUUAUUUUUAUUUUUUUAUGAGUUGAAUGCUUAAUUUAUGUACUUGAGUGAGAAAGAUUAUUGUGGCAAGUAUUGAUUAAUAACAUUGUAUAAAAGAAAGAAAAAGAGUUUGAAUAAAGAAUUCAUUUUAUUUUUGUGUGAAUAUAA